GUGAUUAGAUCGGAGCAGAUGAGUUUAGGCUCGUGUCAGUACGAAACACAGUGGAUUAACAUCCAAGGAUUAUGCAGAUUGCAAAGUGACUCAAAUAGAACCUUGUGUGCAAAAUGUCCUCCUACUGUGGAUUCGAUGAAACAUCAUUUGACGACUUUGCGGACUACACAUCUGAGGACAGUGGUUUUGAAAAGAGCUUAGAAUCUAACGGUGAACUGUCGUUCAGUUAUGCUCCGAGGAAGCUGGAUUUUGAAGUUGUAGUGCCAUGUGUUACGACACAGGUUCCUCGAAAACGUGGACGAAAGUCACUGAAGGAGAAGAGCUUGGAGCAGUUAUCUUCAGAGUUCAGUCCCAGCUUGGGAGUGCAAACCUCAACACCAACCAAACCUACCCCUGCCACCGCCGCAGAUGGAGAAUCCAAACCUAAACGAAAAUAUGCCAUGGGCAAGAGUCGAAUAACCAGAAAUCGAAGUCCCACUCAAGUGGUCAAAAUCAAGCGCUUCCGACGGAUGAAAGCAAACGAUCGAGAGAGGAAUCGAAUGCACAACCUCAACGAAGCUCUCGAAAGGUUACGGCUCACACUCCCGACAUUUCCCGAGGAUACAAAACUGACCAAGAUAGAGACGCUAAGAUUUGCAUAUAAUUAUAUAUUUUCACUGGUUCAAGUACUUGAACUAAACGAAGAAAUCCACCUGGAUCUGGAAAAACUUCAAAGCUUGACGCUGAGUGGCGAAAGAAUCAACAAAGAUUUAUUUGACGCCAUGUUCAUCAAUCCUCCGCCACACUUCAUGGAGUCCGGUUUCGGUUGCAGUGAGUUCUACAGCAGUAUGCAACAGUAUGGAAUAACGAUGAGUCAUCCGCAGAACUACGAUCAUCCGAAUUUUUCGAGACAAAAUUACCAAAUGUUACGAGGUGCCUUCGACGCAGCCUAUAAUGGUCCUAAACAGCCUUACCUCAAUCAGACAUAUCCUCCACCGACGGGUUAUCAGCAGCCUCAAACCAUGUUGAAUUCAGGAUACUACCAGCAGUCGACAACCAGCCCGGCCGAUAUGAAUGGUUCCUCGUACCCGGCGGGGCAUUCAACACAUCAAUCACCUCACCAGCAAGGCAUGCACUACGGGAGCAGUUUCUACAGCCAGACACCUCCCUGGACCGAAACUUCAGGCUACAAUGAACCGAUGGGAUUACAAGGAGAUACCUGCAGGAAACUUUGCGAAAACUUCCCCGUUCCGUUGUAGUAUAAGCUGUUGCGGUUUGAAAUCCUUUGAAAUUUUUGACGCAAGGUUAACAAGUUGUAAGUGCACAAUGUAAACUCUGGUGAUAAAUUAUCAAGUAUUUGAACUAGUGAAAUUUAAGUUCGAUU